CAUGGAUCUUCAGGUUUUCUCUCAGGUCGGACUUGCCUGCUGUCCUUCACCUAACUUGGCUAAGCAUCAUUUAUUUGCUCACAUCAUUGGCUGCAGGUUUUUGAAGAAGCUGCUGUGGACAUUUAUGGACUUUCACUAAAGGGGUUUCAAACAAUAAAAAUGGAAGCAGGCAGCAUCAAUAAAGCCUCACCAAAUGGCUCCGCUGACAAGACUGGCCACUCAGAGGAAGAGCCACCUGAGAAGGCAACAGUGCUUCAAAAAGAUAUUGGUCUGCUGAGUGGCAUUUCCCUGAUCGUGGGGACAAUGAUUGGCUCAGGGAUCUUUAUUUCUCCUAAAUCAGUAUUGCUGUACUCUGGAGCCGUGGGUCCCUGCCUCCUCAUCUGGACAGCCUGUGGAGUGUUGUCCACGCUGGGAGCCCUUUGCUAUGCUGAACUUGGGACCAUGAUCACCAAAUCAGGGGCAGAGUACUCCUACUUAAUUGAGGCUUUUGGCUCCCUUGUAGGCUACCUGUACUCUUGGACCACUGUUAUGGUGCUAAAACCCUCUUCAUUUGCUAUCAUCACUCUUAGCUUUGCAGAAUAUGCCUCAGCUCCUUUUUACCCUGACUGCACCCCUCCUCUCGUGGUUAUCAAGUGCCUGUCAGCAGCUGCUAUAGUCCUCAUCACUGGUGUCAACUGUUUGAGCGUCAAACUAGCAAGAUAUGUGCAGAACUUUUUCACGGCUGCCAAACUCAUUAUCAUUGCUGUCAUUGUGGUGGCUGGGAUUGUUCUGAUGGCUCAAGGAAAUACAGAGAACUUGUCAAAUGCCUUUGAAGGUUCAACCACGUCUUUUGGAGCCAUUGGACUUGCUUUCUAUAAUGGGCUUUGGGCUUAUGAUGGAUGGAAUCAACUGAAUUUCAUUACUGAGGAGCUGAAAAACCCAUACAGAAAUUUGCCGUUGGCCAUUAUUAUUGGAAUCCCUUUGGUUACUGUAUGCUACGUGUUGGUCAACAUUGCGUACUUUACUGUUAUGACCCCCUCUGAACUGCUGUCGUCUCCAGCUGUUGCUGUGACUUUUGGGGACAGAGUCCUUUACCCUGUGGCUUGGUUAGUUCCUCUGUUUGUUGCCUUCUCAACAUUUGGUUCUGCCAAUGGAAGCUGCUUCACUGCUGGCAGACUGUCCUAUGUAGCUGGCAGAGAGGGUCACAUGGUGAAGAUCUUGUCCUAUAUUAGUUUGAAACGCUACACUCCUAUGCCUGCUCUCUUAUUCAAUGGUAUUUUGGCAAUAUUCUACAUUAUGCCUUCGGACAUCAACACCCUCAUAAACUACUUCAGUUUUGCUCAGUGGGCCUUCUAUGGUCUGACAGCUCUGUCUCUUAUCGUCAUGCGUUUCACUCGGAAAGAGUUCGACAGGCCUGUAAAGGUGCCAGUCUUCAUAGCUGGCAUCGUAGCCCUGGUGUCCAUCUACCUCGUUUUGGCUCCCAUCAUUGACAAGCCUGAGUGGGAGUACCUUUAUUGUACCAUCUUCAUCUUCGGUGGACUCAUCCUUUACUUCCCGUUGGUCUACUGGAAAGCAAAGUGGACACGCAAAAUCAUGAGGCCAAUCACUAUGCAUCUCCAACUGCUAAUGGAGGUAGUUCCACCGGAGAAAACCAAAUAAGAAGGGACAACUGCUUCAGCUGAGUCGCUGAGAUCUCCUGCUACUUUUUGGACGUGGCCGAGAGACGAUCUGGUGCUCAUAAAUGAUCAGUGUCAAAAACCAGAACAUACUCCUUUUAAAAAGCGAACCCUAUGUUAGGGAGAAUUAGUUAGGAUUGUUUUAAAAAUCUUGAUCAUGACUUCAAAUAAUAUAUGAUGUUAUCUUUACAUGUCAUACAAUAGAUGGUAAUAGAUGGUAAGACAGAAAAAAAGCUUUGUACUCAUGGGUCACAGUUGCUAUCAUGUCAAGUGCAUGUUUUGCUACAUGGAACAGUGCAGGAGCCUGCUGCCACUUUAGUUUCUCACCACAGACUGGGAUCCUGCAACAUUGCACCGAUGUAGAUAGACAUACUUAUUACCAGUUUUCUAAUGAAAAUUGGGUGCAUGGUUGUUCAUGAAUCUGUGCACCAGGAUAGCAUAAACAUAUCUGACAUAGUUCAGAAAUGGUCUUUAUUAAUUCUUCCUACAGCCAUAUUUCUCUGAUUGAUAAAUGUUAGCGUUAAAUGUUGAUUCAUUUUUUCUGCAUAUGUGGAAGUAAACACUGCUUGCAUUUAACACUUUAACAUUUGCUACCUAAAUUUGAUAUCAGAAUGAAAAACAGCUGCUAAACUCCUGCCUAUGAAUGGAUCCGCACUUCAGUAAAGAGACACAAUGAAAUUGUACUAAAAUGCAUUAAGGGAUGAGGCACAUGAGGGCUUAGCCACCAGUGCUGCACGAUGUGUUUAUUCUCUUACUGAUGUGAAUAGGAUCAUCGGAUUCUAUCAUUACAAGUGCAUUUUGUAAAACUUUCUCUCCUAUUAAGUUAUACUGUCAGAGUACUGUGUUGUGAUGCUUGCUGUUUAUUAAAGGUUUCAAUCUUUUCAUACUCAAA